UCCUGGCGCGAUUCAUACCGCUCCACGGGUCCCAGCCGAACCAUCCUCUCUGCCUUGAUGGCAUGAUGCUUGAACUGACCCACCAUAUUGGACUGUACACGUACACGUCGGCGUCAUUUGCGCUAGUAGUGUAGCUGCUUGAUAAUUGGAAGACUUAGGCGAUCCCUGGGCCUCCUCAGCCUCGUCUCUUGCAGCGACCAACGGCGCAUGUCGGGAUCAAAGAACGACGGCCUACCAGCGCGUCCAUACGCAAUCCGCGCAUCCCAUUCCAGGUUCCCCAGAAGAGAUUACUCAUCACGAAGUUGUCGCAUCGAUUUAUUUUCCGCUGGAACACGCUCGACCCUCGGGGUUUCGCAUUCGCUUAACCGUAGGGCUGAGUCGGCUGACACCUCCCGUUCGAGCCUCCCUCAAUUGAGUCCCGAUUGGCUCCCGCGCAGAAUGCCUCCCGAUCGGGAAGCACAGGAGGAUCAGGUACAUCAGUCUGGAACAGGGCGAGUGACGCGAGUCGCAACUAGCAAAGGAACUAAGGUAGAGGAAUGGUGGGCGUUCCCGGGCGGUCCAAAAGUUGCGGGACGUGCAGGAGGAGGAAGAAGGGGAAACCGAUAGUGUGACCGGAAACGCCCUUCUUGCAGCCAGUGUCUCCAGAAGGGGUUCAAGUGCGAUGGCUAUGGCCGCGAGACCAUCUUUCUGAAUACAACAUCAUCGGGAAAGGUUCAGCAGUACCACGUCAAAUGCCC